UGUGGGCCAAUUGGUGGAAGUUAAGGCUUUAUGUCUUUCUGUCGUUAUGUUUUAUAUUAGUAUAGAAUUAGUAUAUUACCAGUUUUUACGUCAAUAUUAAACGAAACUAAACCUAAGAACGUAGAUAGAGAUCUACUUCCAAAUAGCUGUGGUUAGUCCUCUAGUACGCAAUUUCAUUGUGCAAUUUACUUCCUAGUCGUUGUUUUCUGUUACCGCUUGUGAAAUGUUUUUUGGAACCUUAUGCCUGAAAAUAAAAGAAGAGACAUUCAUAUAAAGUUUGUUUACAUCCGAAACCAUGUCGUUGUGCGAAUGAAAACUAAGCUAUUCGCCUAGCUGAGAAGCAAAUGUAUAUCUGGAACUGAGCAAACAAGUACAGUUGGUUUGCAUUCUUGAGUAUAUCGAGCAUUCUGGGUAGAGAUGCAUUCCUCCAUCCUUUUCCUGAUUGGACUGGUUUUCACACUGCCUGGAGUCCAUGGAGGCAAGGUUCUUGUGUUCCCAUUGGAUGGCAGCCAUUGGGUAAACAUGAGAGUCUUGAUUGAAGAGCUACAUUUGAGAGGACACAACGUUUCUGUGGUGCGAGCAUCGGACAGCUGGUACAUCAAGGAGACGUCCCCUUACUACACCGCUAUCACAAUCAAUGGCACAGGGGGACACCCCAAGGAGUAUCUGAGCUUGCUUGUAUCUAGGUUACUGCAUAUACAAAGACAAGGUGCAUCUGCUUGGACUCGCUAUAGCUUAGACAUGGAAUUGAAGGAUGGAUUUACCCAGAUGCAUAAACUCAUUACUGAAAUGGUGAUUCGGAUGUUUGAAGAUCAGAGGCUGAUGCAGUCCCUGCGCGCUGCUGAAUAUGACUUGGUACUGGCUGAUCCCGGUGCAGGUGGUGGCGCUGUGCUAGCCCACUACCUUGGUCUGCCGCUUGUUUUUAAUGCUCGAUGGACAGUACAUGGAGAAGCUCAUUUGGCAAUUGCUCCCUCACCACCUUCCUAUGUUCCUUUCCCAGUAGCAGAGUUAACAGACCAAAUGAACUUCCCCAAUAGAGUCCGCAACAUGCUUUACUAUAUUAUCAGACCACUUCUUUACAAAAGCACUGUUAGUCCCCAUUACACAGCUCUGUGUCAUCGUUACUUUGGACCUGAGGUAGACUAUUUUAAGCUCUUUCAGGCAGCAGAUAUUUGGCUCAUGAGGGUAGAUUUUGUCUUUGAGUUCCCACGCCCCACUAUGCCUAACAUUGUAUAUAUGGGUGGAUUUCAAUGCAAGCCUGCUAAGCCCCUUCCAGAGGACCUGGAGGAGUUUGUUCAGAGCUCUGGAGAACAUGGUGUCAUUAUUAUGUCCUUGGGAACAUUAUUCAGUGAGCUUCCCCAUGAUUUAGCAGAUGAGAUAGCUGCUGCUUUUGCCCAGUUGCCUCAGAGAGUUAUUUGGAGGCACACAGGGGACAGGCCUGCUACUCUGGGCAACAACACUCGGCUGGUCUCCUGGAUGCCUCAAAAUGACCUCCUGGGACAUCCUAAGAUCAGAGUCUUUGUUGCUCAUGGGGGAACCAAUGGAAUUCAAGAGGCCAUUUAUCAUGGCAUUCCAAUAGUUGGUCUCCCACUCAUUUUUGACCAGCCUGACAACCUUAAUAGAAUGAAAGUGAAGGGGGCAGCAAAGAUAGUGGAUAUUGUGACUUUAGACAGGAACAUCUUCCUCAAGGCCUUACAGGAAGUGCUCUAUGAGCCCUCCUAUAGGAUGAAUAUGCAGAGGCUCUCCAUGCUGCACCGUGACCAGCCAAUGAAGCCACUGGAUCGUGCCCUCUUCUGGAUCGAGUUCGUCAUGAGACACAAGGGUGCCGCUCACCUACGCACAGAGUCUUACAGGAUGCCCUGGUAUGUCUACCACUCAGUGGAUGUCAUCGGGGUCUUGCUGGCUGCCAUGUUGUUCAUCUUACUGAUUAUAAUGUUUGUUAUCAGGUAUCUAUGCUGCAAGGUGUCUUACAAGAGAAAGCUAAAACAUGAAUAACUCAACAAAGGCCUCUAAACCGGUCUUAACUUGUCACUCACUGUAAGCUGUAUGCAGGGACUGUGUAAGCCUGAUUAGUGUGGAAACUGACUUUCGUUUUUCCUUUGCCCUGAGCAGUACAGCAUCAUUAUUACUCCUGUGAAAGAUACGAAACUCAAUAGAUCAAAACGUUUCCCUAAUUACCAUGAUUCGUAGAUAUAGCCCUGACUUGUUUGCUACAAGUGUUUUGCCUGCUUUUAUUUUUCAUUCUUGGAUAAAACUUGCAUCCCCAACAUUUUUCUUACUGUGAAUGCUGAAUGAUUCCUGCUUUGUGCAAUGGAAUCCUGCCUUACUGCCUGUGGUCAUCAAUGACAUCACUGGCAUGAGUUGCUCAAGCAUCAUCGCAGGUCGCAGGUUCGAUUCCCUGGUAGGACACUGCUGUUGUACCCUUGAGCAAGGAACUUAACCUGCAUUGCUCCAGUAUAUAUCCAGCUGUAUAAUCGGAUACAAUGCAAAGCUGCUCUGGAUAAUAGCGUCUGCUAAACGCCUGCAAUGUAAUGUAAAAUGGGCUCUUCCUCUGUAUCUGGGUUUCUCAUGAGACUUCCUCAUAACUGGGAAAUUUUUCUCACUGCCGUUUGAGCGUUUUUAUUUCCUGCUCUGAGGUUUUUUCCCCCCUCACUUGCUAGAUAUUUGUGGUUUUAAGCUCUGCUCUUGCCCAAUUUCCUGUUUCCUGUAACAGUGUGAUACUGACUCUGGAAACGGCUCUGGGAAUAAAUAAAAUUUAACUGAUUUAAAUUUGA